AUCCUUCUUGCGCAUUGUUUCCAGUAUCGUUUUUUCCUUCGACGCUCCUCGCCGAGCGUCUGUAUUUUAAUCUUUACUUCUUGCUCCCUUGCUUCCUCAUCCUAGAUCUUCCUUCUGCAUUGCGUGAUGGAAGGACAACAUAUAAUGGCUCAGGUGCAUAUCCAGACGCCAGUGUCCUCUUCCUCGUCGUCAUCUUCAGUGACUGGGGAAGAAUCCAGGAAGCUACCGAAUCAAGUACGAGCGGCAGCCCGGGAAAGAAUGGUGGGAGGCCGUUUGUUGGAUAGCCAUAGCUUGGAUGGGAUAAGCCAGGUGUAUGGAGCAUCCAAGGCUCAGGAAGGAAGGCGGGCCACCAUAUCCAGUGCCUUGGAGCUGGAAGGGACAGUGAGCCAUGACGGGGACCUUACUCACUUUGUGGCCAACAACCUGCAGAUGAAAAUCAAAAUGAGCUCCCGGGGCAGUCUGGAUGACACAGAGCCCACCUCCUCAUCGUCAAUGUCAUCACAACUGUCUGUUAGAGGCAAAACUGCUGAUAUACCUCCAAUUGAUCCACAAGUAAUCCGAGAUCUGGAAAAGCUCACAAGGGAUGUGGCACACAAAGUGGACCAGAUGCUGCGAGUCUUGAACAGCGCUAUCCAGAAUAUGACAGCACUCAGUGUGGGCUACAUCCAGACUUACCGGGAUGCUGUGGACAGCUUGGGUGAAUCAGUGGACAUGAGCAUCAAAGGGAUGUACACUCUGAUGGCACGGUGUGAGGAGCUGGACCGUUCCAUGCAGCCCGUCCACACCCUUGCUAAACAGAUCCGGGAGAUUAAGAGGACCCUAGAGAUCUUUGAGGCACUUUGCAAGUAGCGCCUUUUUCAGAGCAACUGAUUAACUUGUCAAGUGAUGGGAAGUGAGGCAGGGUGGACACUGAUUCAGACUCCAAAAAAAGGGAAAUGAUAUGUAUGUGUACUUUCUUGCACUAUAUCAUAGCGACUGUAAUAAAUUAUGACAGUGUUUCUCAAGA